AUGGUAGGUGUAGAGCUUUACAUCUAUGAUUUGUCGAAUGGCCUGGCAAAGCAAGUUUCUCUAGGACUGAUCGGAAAACAAAUUGAAGCAAUUUAUCACACUUCUAUCGUCAUGGAUAAUAUUGAAUACGUUUAUGAUGGUGGCAUAAAAGCAGUUUCCGCUGGCAAAACCCAUCUCGGUCCGCCUAUGAGGAUGGAAUUUCUGGGAAACACAGAAUUGCCGGAGGAUGUAAUAACAGAAUUUUUGGAGGCACUAAGAGAGACUUACACAAAAGACACCUAUGAUGUUUGGACCCACAACUGUAAUAACUUCUCCAAUGACUUCGCAAAACUCUUGCUGGGUAAAGGUAUACCUAGCUACAUCUCGAACCUCCCACAGGCCGUUCUUGGCACACCUUUUGGGAAGUUGAUGAAACCACAUAUUGACCAGAUAGUAAGACAGGCACAGGCUGACAAGGGCGGUCUAGUCGGCAUCAACAAUUCAUCAAAGCAGGUAGACCCAGAUGAAGCUAUGUCGAAUGUUAAAAACGUCAGCUCCUCGAUUGAAUUUGAUACUUAUCUUCAGGACGCGGCCAAAUCUUGCUGCAUAGUUUUCUUCACCUCACCGUCUUGCAGUCCUUGCAGGGGACUCUAUCCAAUCUACCACGAACUUGCAGCUAGGUCUGGGGGAAAAGCUGCAUGUAUCCUAGUUGACAUUACCAGGAACCGUGAAAUUGGAAUGAAAUAUUCUAUUACUGCAACUCCCACAUUCAUUACAUUUUUGAAAGGCGAGCAAGAAAAUAGAUGGACAGGCUCAGUUCCAGCAACCUUGAGGGGAAACUUUGAUUUGCUACUACGAAUAGCCUGGCCUUCCCACCCUCAUGAGGCUCUUUCUUUACCUAUUUUGUCCUCUGCUAAUAACCAACCCGUCUCAUUUGCAAGAUUACCGCCAUUAGAAAAGCUCAAGGUCAAGUUGGGCUCAUUCGUACAGGAAGCGGGCGUACAGGAUAUUCUACGGUUUAUUUCAACCCGAUCUGAGAGCCACACCCAAGAGAUUUCACUUCCUGACCUUGAUUCAUUCAACAAGUCUCUCGAGAAUUCACUUUCUAACCUAGCCCCUCCAGAUUUAUUUGCAGUUGCCGAUCUUCUUCGCGUUUGUACAGUUGAUCAAAAGUUGUACAGUUAUUACACCGAUGAAAAAGGCCAAAAAACUCUUGCAAGCCUUUUUUCUCACGUCAAUUCACUCGAAAACUGUCCAUAUUCUCUUCGUCUGAUCACUACACAACUAGCAUGUAAUAUUUUCACCAACUACUCUUACAGUCUCAGCUUUUCCAGUUUUCCAUCCAUGAUCAGGUCAAUAGUUCAACUGGUAACGACUGGUUUACUUGAUGAACAGAAUACAAACGUACGAGUAGCAGCAGCAGGACUCGCAUUCAAUAUUUCGAGGAUAGCAAGGACCACUCGCUCAGAAGAGAAACAUGCUGUCCCUUCUGAAGCUCAACAAGUCGAAUUGGUAGCCUCACUACUUGAAGCUAUCUCCUUGGAAGAAACCUCUCCCGAAGCAUUCAAAGGUUAUCUACUAGCUUUGUCUAACUUCUCGUUUUGUAUACCUCCUGAUUGCGAAUUGGUAGAAUUGUUGAACGUCAUGGAAGCUCAAAAUAUAGUACUUUCAAAGCUUCAACAAUUCCAAGAACCGCUUGUGGAUGAAGUUAGGGAAAUAUUACUGGGCAUAAAGCUAAAUUAG